UUAGAGACACUUAAUCUUUACGGUGUAAGAGAUACUAUUACCACCAUUAAUGAAUGUGACCUGAUAACCAUAUUUCGCUCACCUAGCGCAAAGAAUUUUCAAAUUUUAGACAUCGGGUCAUCGGAAACAACACCAUCGGUUUUAACAUUAAUUAAAGAAAAUUGUUCCUCAUUAUUAAAAAAUCUUGGUAUUUCAAAAGCACAAAUUACCAAUAUUCGUGCUAAUAAAGAUCUUUUAACAUCUUUACCAAAUCUUCAGUAUAUCGAUCUUACCUCAGUGCCAUGUUUUAAUGCGUUAAACACUAAUAGUUUAUUAAUCGGCAUAGAAAAGAAUAAACAUCCGAUUCAUACGAUUGAAAUAAAUGAAUCAUUACUUAAAAGACUUCAUGCAACUAAAGGAUGGAAAAUUGAUGUAAAUUAUAGUAGAAGAUGGAAUUAUUCUCGUGGAUCUCGAUUAGGUUCAAUAAGAGUUGAUAGG